GUUGGGGGAGGUACCGCGGUUAAGGAUGGGGGGCCCACAGUUGCUGCCAAGGGAGUUGCUAAUGGGGUGUAUGGGUCGUGGAUCGUGGCGAAGACUAUAAGCUGGCCAGCUAACAGGCAUCGCCAAGGGGACAAUGUGUCUGCUCAGAGGCGACAUGUUGCGACUGGUGGAAAUGGGUCGAUGUUUGAUGUUCUUCGGGAGGAUGAUGGCGAGGCCCACCAGUCCCAGCGUAAUCCAUCUUCGUCUUUUACCUUCGGGCUUCAGUCGAGGGCAUUCGGCUCGGUGAUGGUGGGGCCUGGGAGUACUGCGGACGGAUGGGGCCCAGGAGACGUGGUUCAGAAAUGGUCUUGCCGAGAGCUCGAUCGGUGGAUAAGGAAUGAGGUGUGGUCGGUAAUGUGUCCGGACAACAUGGUGUUUCAUCUUCCCCGGUUGCACUCUGAUCAUACGCCUCUCUUGGUUCGUGCUUGCAGGGCCCCCCGACCAACUGGGUUGAAGCCAUUCCAUUUUCUGGCCUCCCGGCUCACCCAUGAGAGCUUUGAUUCUCUGGUGGAGCAUGUGUGGUCCUCACGUGGGUCGUAUGAUGCCAAGGUUGGGGAUUUUAUUUCGAAGGCUAGCGAGUGGAACAGUAAUGUGUUUGGGAACAUUUUUCAGCGCAAACGUAGGUUGCUCGCUCGGAUUGGGGGUAUCCCACGCACCAGGGACUUUGGGCGAAAUCCUUUCCUCCGCUCUUUGGAGCAGCGCUUGAAGGUCGAGCUUGAUGAGGUCCUUUUUCAGGAAGAGUUGUUACUGCUACAGAAAUCCCAGCGGGACUGGGUCUUAUUUGGUGAUCGUAACUCCUCAUACUACCACCAGUUGCUCAAGCAUCGCCGGAGGAAAAAUAAAAUUGUUGUUCUCCAGGACGAGAUGGGCGUGAUGAUUGAGAAGCAUGCUGCCCUGCAGUCGAUGGCUGUUGAGUUCUCUAAAAACAUUUAUUUUGUCCCACAGUUCGGGCAGCCCGUGGUUUGCAUAUCGGGGUCAUUUCCACCAUUGGAAGUUAGCCACAGCCGGCUUAUUGCGCGUGACAUUUCAGAAUCGAAGGUUCUUGGGGCGUUGAAGAAAAUGGCUCCUCUUAAGGCGCCUGGGGUCGACGGUUUACAUGCUUUGUUUUUUCAGCAAAAGUGGAAGCAUGUGGGCCCUUCGGUAUGUGCUCAAAUUUUUGAUAUUUGGCGUGAGGGGCGGGUCCCAUCGUCUUUAAACAUGACCUUACUUGUACUUAUUCCAAAGGUGGAUAAUUCGAUGUCCUUGAUGCAGUUUCGUCCUAUCAGUCUGCUUAAUGUGGUCUACAAGUUGUUGACUAAGGUGCUCGCUGAGAGGAUUAAGCUGGUGGUUCCAUCCCUCAUCAAUCCGGCCCAAGCGAGUUUCGUCCCGGGUAGACAUAUCACAGAUAAUAUUAUCAUCGCUCAGGAGCUUAUCCAUUCUAUGCGAGUGAUGAAGGGAAAGCAUGGGGUAAUGGUUGUUAAGGUGGAUCUGGAGAAGGCUUAUGACUUUCUUCGAUGGGAGUUUGUUCGUGAUACUCUGGAGCUGGUGGGGUUUCCGAGGGCUUUUGUUGAAGCAGUUAUGGCUUGUGUCACGUCGGCCUCCAAGCAACUACAAUGGAAUGGAGUCGUUAGCGAGGAGUUCAAACCGUCUCGUGGCAUUCGACAGGGGU